AUGGCGGGCAACUGCAAGCAGCAGCAAGAAAACGCUUGCCCCGGCCCUGGACAGCGUAGAUCCAGGCCCGAGAGGAGCGGAUCCGGCGACGAGCAGGCUCGAGCAGCCCACGCCAGCGAGGUAGACGACCAAGGGGAGCCGGGGAGGGCAGAGAGCGACCGGGGUGGGGGAAGAUGCGUGCGGAGAAGGGAGAAGGAGAGGAGGGCGCGCGGGAGGGCCGGCUUCGACCCCGCCGCUGGCCGCCUCCACCACCGGCCGGCCGCCGGUGGCGGCGGCGGCCCACGGGCGAUGAUUUCGUGCACUGGCGGCGGCGCACUCGGUCGCCCCGAGGAGAGCGACGCGGGGGAAGGGGUGGCAGCUGGCGCCUCUGUUGUGGUGGCUCUGGUUCUGGGGCACAGGGGCGACGCAGGAAGAGGCGAGGCGCAGGAGGAGGGUGCUGCAGGCCUGGUGGCGUGCGGGUACAGGGGCUCAGGCGCGGGGUCAAGGCGUGGAGGAUGA